AUGGCCGUCUUCUGGCUUGUUGGAUUCAUUGCGCUCGUCUGCAUCGCCGGACAGUCCAAGCCUGCUGCCAGACCGCCGAGCGCACCUCCCUCGCCUCCCCAUCUGAACUGGCUCUUCACCGCACACCUCGACGUCCUCCCGAACACUGCGCCGCUCGUUCCCGGCCCGCGUGGUGUCAGGCUGAAUCUCCCGAUCACUGGCGGGACUGUCCACGGCAGGCAUGGCAUGAACGGAACGAUUCUCCCGCACUCGGCAGACUGGGUUCUCGUCGAUCCUGUCAGCGGCACCGGUUCCGCAGACGCGCGCUGGGUCAUCUCGACGCCCUUUCCUCCCAUCGCCGCUCCUCCCGCCUCAAAAGCUCCUUCGGCUCAGCAACCCAUCCUUCCGCCUCUUCCGCCGCCAGUCGCGUCGCACUACAUCUUCGUCUACACCGAGGGUCCGUCGCUGCCCAACACGGCGAACACCAAGGCUCAUUUGAGGGUCAGGUUCGAGACGGGAAGUCCGGCUUGGAGGUGGCUCAACUGGGUUUGCGCCGUCGGGAUCCUCGAGAUCACCAACCCGAACAACUCGACCGUCCAGGAUGUCAAGAUCGACGUUUUCAACCUGGCGGGCGAGUUCGGGCCCGCGACGAUGCAGGCGAAGUGA